AUUUCACGCGGAACGGUUGUGGCACCAAGGGCCGCUUCAAAAAACCGGUUUCAAUUCGACUCUUUUUUUUCGAAACAAAAAAAAACAACAAACGCGAUAGAAACCGCUUAGGAGGAGGCAGCCUUUAAUUGAAAAAAAGGGUGUCACUAUUAACAUAAGACGAUCUCACUCGCAAGUGCAUUCUGCCUUUGCAGGCCAACACACACUCGAAAUUGAAGGAAAGUAGUGGAAACCAUGCUGGGAGCACUGCUAUGGAUUUUCUUCGUGGGACUGUUGCUGUGCGCGUUCCUCUUCUCGAAGACCACCAAGGAGUUCCCCAAGUCCUGGUUCGAGUGGAAGACGGAGUUCCGGUACCAGUACCUCGGCAUAGUUGGCCUCAUCCAUGACGCUCAGUAUGCGGCGCGGGAUCGUGUGGCACUCUACAAACAACCGGAUCGCAUCGCUGUCAUUACGGGAGGAAACCGAGGAAUUGGGCUCCGGAUCGUCGAGAAGCUGCUGGCUUGCGAAAUGACUGUGGUUAUGGGUGUUCGUGAUCCCAAAAGCGCUGAAGCUGCCGUGGCCUCUGUGGUGGACCUGAAAGCCUCAAAGGGCAAGCUCGUCUGCGAGCAACUGGACGUUGGUGAUCUGAAAUCCGUCAAGGCUUUUGCCCAGUUGAUCAAGGAGCGCUACACCAAGAUCGAUCUUCUGCUGAACAAUGCUGGCAUUAUGUUUGCUCCUUUCAAACUCACCGCCGAUGGCUACGAAUCGCACUUUGCCACCAACUAUCUGGGACACUUUCUGCUCACCCACUUGCUGCUGCCCAAGCUUAAGUCCGCCGGAAAGGAAGGAAAGAAUGCCAGGAUCGUGAAUGUCAGCUCCUGUGUGAAUCUCAUUGGACGUAUUAACUAUAAGGAUAUUAAUGGAGAGAAACACUAUUACCCAGGAACAGCCUACAGCCAGUCGAAGUUGGCCCAGAUCCUGUUUACCCGCCAUCUGCAGACUGUGCUGGAUGCGGAGAAGGCGCACGUUCAGGUCAACGUCGUCCAUCCGGGCAUUGUGGACACUGAUCUGUUCGAGCACUCGGCCACAACCUCGGUGCCAUUCUUCAAAAAGCUUUUCUUCAAGACUCCGGAGCGAGGAUCCCGAACUGUGGUCUUCGCAGCCAUUGAUCCCUCCAUCGAGGGCCAGGGUGGCACGUACCUGAGCAACGGUGGCAAAGGCCCAUUCCAUCCGGACGCCAAGAAGCCCGCCAAGUGCGAACAGCUCUUCCAGUUCUCAUGCGACCUGCUGAAGAUCAAGCAAUACGGCAACGGGGAGCUCUGAAGAACACACUUAACAUUAAACAAAUCCAAAACAUUCCUCACUCAACUGGUGCAACGUACUUUUCUAGAUUCAGUCAGCUUUUUUGUAAAUCGAUUUCUUGUAUGGCUUGUAUAAAACAUAUUUUUAUAUAUGUAGAAUUACAUACA